AUGGUGCCCGGCCAAGACGAAAGAGGUCUGUGCAACUGUGUGAUCACCGGCCUAGCAUUACGUUAUGUUCUUUAUAAAAGCAGCUUCGUAGCCUUUCUGUCCCAGAAAUGGCUCAUCUGCUUUGAAGAUGAGGCAGAUAGUAAGGCACAGAUGACUUUUGGUGCAAUUUGGAUAAUUAAAUGCCGAGCAGAUCAAAAGUGUGGAGAAGAAUUUAGGAAUAAUGAUAAGAGAUAUAAUAAUAGAUAA